AUAUGAAUCCGAGCACAAUAUAUUCAAAAUGCUCAAAAUUACUCAUACUGAUAUAUUAGCUAUAUCAUACUGACACAGUAUUUAGCUUUUAUAAAUGUUUAACCUUUAAUUAGAUAAAUAAUGUUGGUAAAAUUUAUUUAGCAUGUUUAGAAGGAGUAGCCUUAACAAGAAAACCUUGCAUAACAAGCUAGCGGCAGUUAAUGAUUUGCCUGGCUCUGAUGUGUUUGAUUUAUCGGAUUGUGGUAUAAAUAAGAUUCCAGAUGGUGUAUUUGAAAAAUGUAAACUCUUGCAUAAAAAGGCAUUGAAUCUGUCCCAUAAUUGUUUAGAAGAAUUAAAAGGGGGUGGUGACUGCAAAAAUCUUUCUCAUUUGUUGAUAUUAGAUUUAUCAAAUAAUGUUAUGACAAAACUUAAUAAAUCUAUCCACCUUCUUGCAAGUCUUCAGAAGUUAGAUUUGUCUCAUAACAAAUUUAAAGAGCUACCAGAAUCCAUUGGAAAACUGGUUUCUUUAAAAGUUCUUCUUUUAACUGAUAACCUGUUGACAUCUUUACCGCAAAGCAUUAAAAGCUUACAGCAGCUCGAGGAACUAGAUGUGUCUCAAAAUAAAUGGAUUACAAGUCUUCCUGUCAAUCUGUGUUAUUUGAGAGCAUUAAAGGUCUUUAACUUUGAUUUUGAAAGGGUAAACUAUCCACCAAAAGAAAUUACUGCUCGUGGUAUCUUUGAAAUAAGAAGGUGGUUUACAGAACUUAAAGGAGAUCAAUAUGAUUUUGAAGUUUGUGAUGGAUACAACUUGAAUGAAUCUUUUGCUAAUUCAUCUAUAAAUUAUUCACCAUCUAAGCGUAAUACAUUGCCUACAAUAAGUCAUCAAGAAGAUCAGUUUGAGGAAUUUAUUAGACAGCGUGAACUUAAUAGAGAAAUGCAUUCAAAAGGGUUGCUACUGAAAGAAAAAGAAACUGCUGAUAAGCAAUCAGCUCUUGCUAUGUCAGUUUUAGAUACACAAGACACGCGUCAUAAAGAGUUGGUUGAAGUAGCAAAGGGUGAAAUGAGCAAUAAUCAGGUUUUGAUGAAAAACUUAGAGAAUGAGGAACAACGCCACAAAAAAAUGGUUCAGCUUCUCCAAAAUGAAGAAAUAUCAAGUACUUUAGAUUUAAUUACAAAAAUUUCAGAAAGAGAUAGAAAAACUGAUGCUUUGCUUGAAGACCUUGAUAGGGAGCAGUAUCGCAUUGACAGCCUUGUAAAAAAUGAGGAAAGCAAGUACUUACGAAAGGAAGAAAUAAUUAAAAAAAUGUCUGCAGUAUUGCAGGAAAUGACUGAUUCAGAAAAUAAAUGGAACCAGUUUGAAUAUUCCAGAGAAGACGAAUGGAAAAAAUCCUUGAAAUUCGUUGUAGAGAACAGCCCUGAUGUAGACAGUGUUCUGGAAGAAAAAGAUCGCACUCACCAAAAGUUAAUUAUGUCUCUUCUUAGUGAACAAGAAAACCAAAUGAAAGCAUUCGAAAUACUCCAAUCACAAAAAGAUGCAAUGUUGAACAGAAUACACAUGCAAUUAGCAAUGGUCCAAAAUGAAUUGGCGAGGUUAUCAAUGUUGGAACUAAGUAAGAGGGAAGAACAAAACAAGAACGAAACGAAUAAAUUGUGUGAAAUGCGCAUCAAUACUGCUUCUCUACUUGCUCAGUUACUAAAAGAUCGAGAUAAUCGAGAAGAAGCUAUUAAACAAUCAAUUAGAGAAAUGGAUUUAAAGAGAGAUAAAAAUAUUCAAGACUACUGGUUCAUACAAUUCCAACGAUUAGUUGACAGAAGAAACUUUGAAAGUAAUUACAUGGCUAUUAUUAAUUCCUCUCGUCCUGAACCUCAAAUUAAUGAGAAUAAAUGUGAAAAUGACUCCAUAGUUAAUCAAGAUGUUUCCAAACCACAUACAGUUGAAGAAAAUCUCUGUAAAGAGCAAGAUAUAAAUGCGCAGUGGAAUGAAGAUAAUGAUAUCCUGCAACAUGAAUACAACAAAAGUUGUAAUUCUAAUUUUUAUAAAGAACUAGAGUGUGUUGUUUGUAUGGAUGUUAUGCCAGAGAUUAUUUUUCUUCCAUGUGGUCAUUUGUGUUGUUGUGCUAAGUGUUGCUCAGGUAUGUCCACAUGUCCGUUAUGUCGGAAAGAAAUUGCUAACACCUCGUUUAUGUCUGUAACGUCGGGACGAAGUUGUUAAACGGAUUUAGAAAUAAUGAAUAACUUUACAUUAUUUGUAUAAAUACUUCAAUCACUUUUUAAAGCUCAGUGUAUGUUUAAAAAUAAUCCAUGAGUAAGUUAUAAAUAGAAACUUGCAGUAUUCUUGAAAGACCAGGUAACUUUAUGCUUCGAACAUUUUUUCAAAAACCAAAAAUGGUAGUCUUUAAAUAAUUGACGCUGUCAAACGUUAGUAUUCAAAUGGUUGAUACCUACAAAUAUAAAUAAUAAUUGAUA